GCGGCGACAGUUUGAGGUGUGGGGAUAGACUGGACGAUGGCGGUGACGCUGCCUGUCGAUGAUGAUGUCCCUUUAAUCUUGACAGACGACAGCACGGGGAUCAGCGCCGACCCAGACAGAGAGGAAAUCCCCAACGAAAAUGGAGGAGGAUAUGACAUUAUCAACACUGAAGUGAUUGCAACACCAGACAUUCGAGAGUACAGAGCGAGCUAUGGUUCUCUGAAACAAGUCUGGGAGAUGAAUUAUCAGGAAGCAGCAAUCUACUUACAGGAGGGAGAAAAUAAUGACAAGUUCUUCACUCAUCCAAAAGAUCAAAGAGCCCUUGCAGCCUACCUCUUUGUGCACAAUCACAUAUUCUAUGUCAUGGAGCUGAUUUCUGGAGUGCUGCUGCUGAUACUCUCCUUAUGUGAAGCUCCAGCAGUUCCCUCGCUCCGUCUCGACAUUUAUGUGCAUGCCACACUGGAAUUGUUUGCACUUGUCACAGUGGUGUUUGAACUUGGUAUGAAGAUGAGAUGGUUGGGCUUUCACACAUUUAUUAGACACAAAAGAACAAUGUUGAAAAGUGUGGUUUUAUUUGUACAGUUUAUAGAAGUCAUUGUGGUAUUAAUCAGGCAAACUUCACAUGUCCGGAUAACUCGAGCAUUGCGGCCAAUCUUUCUGGUAGACUGCAGAUAUUGUGGAGCGGUGAGAAGAAAUUUGCGUCAGAUUUUCCAGUCUCUCCCUCCUUUUAUUGACAUUUUAUCGUUACUACUUUUCUUCAUGGUAAUUUUUGCCAUCUUGGGAUUUUAUUUGUUUUCUGCCAAUCCGUUGGACCCUUAUUUUAGCACUCCAGAAGACAGCCUUGUCAGUUUGUUUGUUCUCCUAACUACAGCUAAUUUUCCAGAUGUGAUGAUGCCAGCUUAUUCCAAAAAUCGUUGGUCUUGUGUAUUCUUCAUUGUGUAUUUAUCCAUUGAGCUCUACUUCAUCAUGAAUCUGCUUCUUGCUGUGGUAUUUGAUACAUUUAAUGAUGUUGAAAAGAAGAAGUUUAAAUCACUCCUUUUGCACAAACGAUUAGCAAUAGAACAUGCCUUCCGCCUUCUGGUCAGUAAAAGGAGGCCUAAUGGGGUUUCCUUCAAACAGUUUGAGGGCUUAAUGAGGUUCUACUGUCCAAGAAUGAAUGCAAGAAAUAAAUAUCUUGUCUUCAAAGCUCUGAAGAAAGGCGAUGCAGAGUUUCUUGCAAUAGAAGAUUUUUACAACUUCUAUGAAGUUGCUGGAUUAAAAUGGAAAGCAAAAAGAAGUGGAGACUAUUGGUUUUAUGAUCUUCCACAUACUCCAUUUCUUAUAUUUAAAGGAAUUAAUAUCCUUGUGAAGUCCAAAGCAUUCCAGUAUGCCAUGUAUGUUGUUAUUGCAGUAAAUGGAAUUUGGAUCCUGGCUGACACGCUCAUGAUCAAAGAUGGUGCCUUUUUCCUCCGGAUUGUGCCCUGGAGUUACAUUGUAUUUCUCACAAUUUACGGGGUAGAAAUGUUACUGAAAAUCACUGGGCUGGGACCAUCUGAAUACUUCACAUCUGGCUGGAAUCUGUUUGAUUUCUUGGUCACCGUAUUUGCAUUUGUUGGAAUAGUGGUCUUAGCUUUUGAUAUGGAACCAUUCUAUUUCAUCGUCAUCUUGAGGCCACUUCAACUGCUAAGAUUGUUUAAGAUUAAACGGAGAUACAGAGAUGUUCUGGACACAAUGUUUGAAUUACUUCCCAGAAUGGCAAGUUUAGGGUUAACACUCAUGAUCUUCUACUACUCGUUUGCAAUUGUGGGAAUGGAGUUCUUUGGUGAUGUUCUCUAUCCUAACUGCUGCAAUAACAGCAUGGUAGCAGCUUUCUAUCGCUGGAAAAAUCAGACCAUUGGUGACAGAACUGUUAUACAGGGAUACUACUCUCUCAAUAACUUCAAUAACAUCCUUAACAGUUUUGUAACAUUGUUUGAGUUGACUGUUGUAAACAAUUGGUAUAUAACUAUGGAAGGCGUGGUAUCUCAGACUACAAGCUGGAGUCGCAUUUACUUUAUGACUUUCUAUAUUGUAACUAUGGUUGUACUUACUAUUAUUGUUGCCUUUAUUUUGGAUGCAUUUCUGUUCCGCAUGAACUACAGUAGAAAAAGUAAAGAUGAGGGAGACGAAAAUGGAAUUGUUUUUGAGACUGAAGUAGACAAAGAUGAAGUUGAUCGACUUCUUGAGUUCUACAGACAGAAUGGUUCUCCAUCUUCUGAGAUCUCUGGACUCCUUAAAUUGUCAUCCAGAAUGGCAAGCAAUGAUCAGAUGAAAAUGGUUUUUAUUGGCAGAAGAUUAAGAACUAAAAGUGAUUUAAGCAUUAAAAUGUAUGAAGAGGAAAUUCAGGAAUGGUUUGCAGAGCAUGCCCGGGUAAACCAAAUGCAGCAUGAUCAACCACUUGAAUGUAUCUUGAACUCAAGCACUCACCAGCCUUCUUCAGAAUUACGACAGCGAUCUCAGACUGUAACUUAGGAAUAUAACCUAAAAUUCCACUAUGCAAUAAUUACUCAGUAUUACUAUAUAUUUUGUGAUUUGCACAUAUGCACUUGGGGGAUGUUUCACCAGUUGUAAAAGCUACUGUGUCGGCAGACUCCUGGCAAGAGCUGGAAUAGUGAGAAAUAGUGGCCAUUUUAUUCAGAAAUUUUAUCUGAUAACUUUUAUCUGUGGUAAGUUAUCUGUAACGUAGUA